AUGGCGACUUUAGGUUAGAAUGUACAGUUAUCAAACUUGUAUCUUAAUUUUUAAUAAUAUUACACGAUAUUUAAUCAUAUCACAGUGAAUUUGAAUUUUGAUUACACAUUUAAGUGAGAGAAAAAAAAUAAAAAUGAGAAUUGCUGUAGAAGGUUGUGCACAUGGUGAAUUAGAUAUUAUUUAUGAAACUAUUCAGGAAAUAGAAAAAGUUAAUGGAAGAAAGAUAGAUUUACUUAUUUGCUGUGGAGAUUUCCAAGCAACAAGAAAUUUAAGUGAUUUAAAUUGUAUGGCAGUACCUGAUAAAUAUAAAGAUAUGUGUACCUUUUAUAAAUAUUAUUCUGGAGAAAAGGUUGCUCCUGUGUUGACAAUAUUUAUUGGGGGUAAUCAUGAAGCUUCCAACUAUCUUCAAGAACUACCAUAUGGAGGAUGGGUAGCUCCCAAUAUUUAUUAUUUAGGAUAUGCUAGUGUGAUAACAGUAGGUGGUAUUAGAAUUGCAGGAUUAUCAGGUAUUUAUAAAAGUCAACAUUGGAUGCAGGGACACCAUGAAAAACCACCAUAUACUGAAAAUACAAUCAGAAGUAUAUAUCACACCAGAAAUUUAGAGAUAUUUAGAUUAAAGCAGCUUUCUGGUAAUAUUGAUAUUUUCUUGUCACACGAUUGGCCAUCAGGCAUAACUAAAUAUGGAGAUGAAAGUAUUUUAUUAAAAGGAAAACCUUUUUUCAAAAAUGAUAUUGAGAAUAACAUGCUUGGUAGUCCACCAUGCAUGGAACUUUUGAAACAUCAUUACCCAAGCUAUUGGUUUUCUGCUCAUUUACAUUGUAAAUUUGCAGCUCUUGUUCCUGAAAAAGGAGGAACAAGAAUAACUAAAUUUUUAGCCCUAGAUAAAUGUCUUCCGAAAAGAAAAUUUCUUCAAGUACUUGAAAUAGAACAUAAUUCUGAUUUACCAUUGAAGUUACAUUAUGAUUUAGAAUGGUUAACAAUAUUAUAUUUGACAAAUCAUUUAUUAAGUGUCAAAAAUGGAAUUCAUUAUAUGCCUGGACAGUAUGGUAAUAUUAGAUGGAUAUUUACACCAACUGUAGAAGAAAAAGCAAUAAUUUUGAAUAAAUUUAAUUGUAAUUUACAAAUUCCAUUGAAUUUUACACAAACUGUAAAACCAUAUAAUCCCGAUAGUACAGAUGUAUCAGUGGAACCACCACAAUUGAUAGUGAAUAAUCAAACAACUCAAUUUUGUAAUACUUUGGGUAUUGAUGAUCCAUCUGUUUUACUAUUAUUAAUGAAUAAUAUAAAAGAGUUGAAAUCAAAUGAAUCAUUGAUGGAAACAUCAUUUGAACAAAUAUCAAGUUCUCAUGAAAUUUCAAUUUCAUGUGAUGAAGAUAAUGUCUUAAGUUCUACAUUUGAUGGAAGUAUAGCUAGUCGAACAUCAUCAAAUUUAUCUCCAAAGAGUAACAUUGAAGAACAAGAAUCAGAAAUAAAUAACAGUAAAGAUGUUGAAAGUUUUAAUAGUUUAUCAUCAGGAAUAAAUUAUGAUUCUACAGAUGAUAGUAAUUAUAUCAUUCAAACUGAACCAAAUCCGAAUAUGGAUAAAUUAACAAUUAUUUCGGGAACAUUGUUUCUUGCCGCCGAUGUAUUUGCAAUUGUUAGUCUUGCUAUGCCCGAUUGGAUUAUUACUGAUGUCGGUGGAGACACGAGACUAGGACUGAUGUGGUCAUGCAUGACUUUGUAUAAUAGACAUCAAGUUUGUUACAGUCCAGAAUUGCAACCAGAAUGGUUUAUGGCUCUUGUUUGUAUUUUUGUUGGUUGCAUUUUAAUAACAGCCACUAUAAUAUUAUUAGCUAGUUCUCAUUGGGAUCGUAAUGUUAUUCCUUAUGCAAGAUGGGUGGGAUUUACAGCUAUGGUACUAUUUUGCUUAGCAGCUGUUAUAUUUCCAAUGGGUUUUCAUAUUAAUGAAAUUGGUGGACAACCAUAUCAAUUACCAAAUUCACAUCAAGUUGGUAUUUCUUAUAUACUUUUUGUUUUAGCUUUAUGGAUUACGGUAAUUUCAGAAUUAUUUGCUGGCAAAGUUUGUCUCCCACAUUUUUAGCAUCUUUCAUUUUCUGAAUGUAUCUCUUGUAUCUGUCUGAUAUUGUUGAUAGUUAUUACGUAUUUCGUUUGUAAUUAGUGUAAAGAAUAUGAUCUGUUAUUAUAUAACUAGAAAUAAGUAAUUAAUAGAAGUAUUAAAGGGUUUUUUUAUAUUCUUUAUUUAUUAAAAUAUAUCAUUUGAUUGCAAUUUUUUAAAAUGAAUUUUAAAUGUUCUUAUAGUAUUAUGAUAAAAAGGAGUAAUAACAAUAUGAGAAAUGAAGUGUCAAUAUUUGAAACAAUAAAUAUUUUUUAACAAA